AUAAUUAGCCAAUGAGCGUUGACCUGCAUAAACAGUAUCGUACGAUGACCGUGAUUCAAUGUUUUUUUCCAAUCUUCCUUGUUUAGAGCCAUAAUCUGAUGUGACGUGUAUUAAGAAAUAUUUCAGUUAGAUCAACGACACGACACUUGAAACUAAAUCAUCAAACACUAGAUAGCGUAAGUUAAAAUAUUAUGUUAUUCUGUUUUGUCUUUCAUAUGUGAACCCACAAGUGUCAGCUGAUACACGGAUUGAAGGACGAGUUGUUACCAUAAUUUUGUUUAAAUCGAACAUUGUUAUUGUUAUUAAAUAGGAUUUUUCUGAAAUAGAUCUAAAUACUUAAACAUUAGAUAUUUAUAUUUCAUCGUUGUUACGGAUGAGUAUAAGUGACUAUGAAACGUUUAAUGGUAUGAAUUGCGCGUUUUUGUCUACGUGCGAGUAUUUAUUUUUUAUUAAUUAAAUUUUGUGAAUUUACUUAGUUUAGACUAAAUUCCCAAAACGAAAAUAUGUCCACAACUCGCCUUCCAACAUUUUGGACAAGAUUGAAACCAUCCGGUGGAUCUAUUUCUAAAGUAAAAAAAGCAGCGAGGGUACCCCUACCUCAAACAGCUAUUGAAUAUUUAAGAUAUAUUCCUGGCUCGACAAUUUUAUCUCUAUCAAAACCCUCCGAGAGUCAACGUUUAGAUAUUGUUAGAUAUAAGAAUGAAGAAACAAAAGCAAGGGUGGAAAUGAAGAUGAAAAGUAAUGUUCCAAGAGAAGAACUACAUUGGACAGAAGCAUUAACAUCUGAAAUUGAGACUGAAUCUGUCAAAAAGACACCAGAUACUAAAGAAAAUAAUACUAACGAAGUUAAAAAGAAGGUAGCAUGGACCUUCGUGGAAGAUGAUGCUGACGAGAAAGUGAGGUAUUACGUGGCAGAAAUACAAAAAGCAAAUAAUCGAAGUGGCUUAAUUCUCAAACAUUUAGAAAGUCUCUCCGAGCUAAUUUUGAAAUUUCCUAAUACAAAGGAAUACGCACUAAAGAAAGGAUUAGAUAAAUCUUUAUUAUUCAUAAAACAGUCAAAUAUAUCAGACGACGCUAUUAAGAAAGCUAGUGAAAAAGUUUUGGUGUUACUAGGCCACGUAAAGCCAGUAGGUGGAAAUGGAAUAAGAAUAUUAAGUGUCGAUGGUGGCGGUGUUAGAGGUUUAGUGGCAAUAGAACUAUUACGUCAAAUAGAACAACAAUCGGGGAAAAAAAUCUACGAACUUUUCGACUAUGUCUGCGGUGUUUCAACAGGAGCUUUACUUGUUGCUAUGUUAUGCGUUUAUAAAGUUGGAGUUGAUGAAUGUGUAAGGUUGUACAAGCAAUUUUCCAGUCAAAUGUUUGAUAGAAGUCGUUUGUUGGGAGCGUCUAAUCUUGUUAUGUCCCUUUCAUACUACGAUACUGACGCUUGGGAGGAAAUACUUAAAACUAAUAUGGGAACUAAAACCUUUCUUGAGGCUGCUCUGGAGGACUCUCCAAAAUUUUCUGCCUUAUCUGCAGUUGUUUCUCAGACACCAGUUGUGAACUACCUCUUUAGGAAUUAUAACUAUGGUAGAGGUGUAAAAUCUGCUUAUCCAGGGACAAUCGAUAGUCCAAUUUGGACGGCUCUGAGAGCUAGUUCCGCAGCACCUGGUUAUUAUAGGGAGCUAAAACUAGGAAACGAUGUUCAUCAAGAUGGUGGAUUAAUGACGAACAAUCCAACUGCUAUAGCAAUUCACGAGGCUAAACUACUUUGGCCGAAAGAGUCUCUUCAGUGUGUCAUAUCUUUAGGAACAGGACGUUACAAAGCUGCAAUAACAAAUACAUCGAAAUCUCAAUCUAUAUCCUUGAAAACAAAGCUGGGCAAAUUUGUCGAAAGUGCUACUGAUACCUACGCUGUUCAUACAACUCUCCAAGAUUUAUUGCCUUCAGAUGCAUAUUUCAGGUUUAAUCCACCACUCACACACGAUGUUCCUCUCGAUGAAAACCGUCCUGAUGUUAGGGAUUCAUUAAUAAUAGACGCUGCUAGAUAUGCCCAUAUAAACUCCUCGAAAGUUGAGAAAGCAGUCGAGUCGUUAAGUAGACCUCGAGGAAAAACUCAAAAAGUUUAUGAUUGGAUGAAAGAGAAACAAGCUGUUAUGAUGUGA